AGCCGCUUACGAAAGGUCAGUUACACAGCGUUAACGGGGUCAGAGCUCCAGUUUUGUGUAUUUCUUACAUAAAUUGAGGUUUUAGAUCAUUUGGUCGUCCGUUUACUGACCUUCGCUGCUGUUUCUAUGUUAGGAUUCAUUAAACAGGCUUUUCCAUUGAAAUUGCCGGUUUAUUUAGAGUUAAAUAAAUGAUUACAUGAUGACGUUGGUUGUCUUAUUUUGAGAGCACCCUUUUUCUUUUUUUCCUGUCCUGUUUUAAACAGUCUACUAUGAUCAGGGUCAUGAAUUACGCUCGAUUCCUCACAGCUGUGAGCUCAGCUAGAAAGCCCUCUCCCAUCAGGAUGCUGACUGAGCUGCAGCAGCGGUCACCUCCAUCCCUGAUCUCCCUGGCUGGAGGAGCUCCAAAUCCCAACACGUUCCCGUUUCAGUCAGCAUCCAUCCAAGUGAAGGAUGGCAAAAUGGUCACCUUUGAUGAGACAGCAAUGAGGAGGGCUCUACAGUAUUCUGCCUCCAAUGGGAUUCCAGAAUUGCUCACAUGGAUGAAGAAUUUGCAGAAGGACCUCCACAACCCACCGACCAUCAGCUACAGCCCAGAGGAAGGCCAGAUGGACAUGUGUGUGACGACAGGGAGCCAGGAGGGGCUCUGCAAGGUGUUUGAGAUGCUGGUGAAUCCCGGGGACAACGUGCUCCUGGAUGCUCCAACGUACUCUGGCACGCUUGCCGCGCUCCAACCCCUUGGCUGCAAUCUGAUCAACAUCCCCAGUGAUCAUCAUGGAAUGAUCCCUGCGGCUCUGAAAGAGACCCUGUCUCGCUGGGAUCCCCUGGAGGUCCACAAACCUGGUAGCACUGCACCCAAGAUCCUCUACACCAUCCCAAAUGGAGGAAACCCCACCGGUGCCUCCAUGACAAUGGAGAGGAAGAAGGAUGUCUAUGAGCUGGCCCAGCAGUACGACAUGCUCAUCAUUGAGGACGAUCCCUACUACUUCCUUCAGUUUGAGAAGCCGUGGGCUCCAACCUUCCUCUCUAUGGACAUUGAUGGUAGGAUCAUCAGGACAGACUCCUUCUCCAAGAUCCUUUCCUCAGGGCUCCGGUUAGGUUUCGUCACGGGUCCCAAACCUCUGGUAGACCAUGUGGUGCUCCACAUCCAGGCCUCAACGAUGCACACCAGCACCUUCACCCAGCUCAUGGUGUCUCAGUUGUUGCACAGUUGGGGACAAAAGGGUUUCCUCCAGCACAUAGAUGGAGUCAUAGAGUUUUACAGGAAACAGCGUGACGCCAUGAUCUGCUCUGCAGACAAGUGGCUGAAAGAUGUGGCAGAGUGGCACACCCCAUCGGCAGGCAUGUUUCUAUGGCUGAAACUGAAGGGAAUAGCGGACACACAGCAGCUCAUUAUGGAGAAGGCAUUGGAAAAAGAGGUGUUGCUGGUUCCUGGAGGCGUCUUCACGAUCAACAGCAGUGACCCAUGUCCCUAUGUCAGAGCGGCUUUUUCCCUCUCCACACCAGAGCAGAUUGAUGAGGCUUUCAGAAGACUCUCUUUGCUCAUCAAAGACGCUCUGUGAUGGUUUGUAGCCAUGUUACCUAUCAGAUGGGACGUCAUUAUCAACUUUUUAUAAAAGACUCCUGUCAUUUUAUUUAACACUACUGUCUGUGAAGAAGAAAAGUGAUAAAACAUAAUGCUCCAGUUUA